AUCAAAUCAAGGCCGGCGGUCGGAGCACAUAUGAUCGUAGAAAUGGUCCGGCGAGUCCGAGAAGUAGUAGUGUUUCUGAUGUUGGCCGUGUUUUCGAAGGCCGCCGCCCUGAGGCCGCCGUACUGGCCGAGGGGCGGCGGAGCCAGCUGCAGCCACUGCCUGAGCUGGCGGCUGGCGGUGGAGGUGAACAAUGUGGAGCCGUGGCGGACGGUGCCGGCGCAGUGCUUCAGCUGCAUCGGAGCUUACAUCACCGGCGGCCAGUAUGAGCACGAUCUACGCUUCGUCGUCGACCAGAUUAUGAGCUACACCGAGGCUAUUCCGGUCGCCGGCGACGGAAUGGACGCCUGGAUUCUUGACGUGGACGAUACUUGCAUUUCUAAUGUCGAUUAUUAUAGACAAAAGAGGAGAUACGGGUGCGAGCCGUACGAUGCGGCGGCGUUUAAGUCAUGGGCGAUGGAGGGACAAUGUCCGGCGAUCCAAUCGGUGGUGGCGCUGUUCGAAAAGCUGAUCGGAAGCGGCUUCAAAGUGUUCCUCGUCACCGGCAGAGACGAGGAGACGUUCGGCCAAAUCACCGCCGAUAAUCUGCACCGGGAGGGAUUCGUCGGCUACGAACGCCUAAUCUUGAGGUCGGCGGCGUACUCAGGGCGGAACGCUGUGGAGUUCAAGACGGAGAUGCGGCGGCGAUUGGUGGAGCAAGGGUACCGGAUUUGGGGCAACGUCGGAGAUCAGUGGAGCGAUCUUCAGGGGCAAUUUGUGGGAAAUCGUACUUUCAAACUCCCAAAUCCUAUGUAUUUCGUUCCUUAAUUCAAUUUAAUUCCUAAACUAUACUUAAAUUUAUACAAAUGUUGAUAAUAUACCUGAAAAAGUAUG